AAUGGACCAAGUUAACUUUUUCUCCCGCCAGAAAGUUCAAAUUAAGAGCGCCAAAAUUCUCCUUCCGCUCUCUUCCUCGGGGGCUGAGCGCGAGAUGACGGACAUAGAUCUCUACCAAUUGCACAAGGCUUCAGCGUACUUAGUCCCGCCUAGUGAAUAGAUCAAGCAGCAGCCAAUGAGAAUGCCUUUGUUUCAGUUUUCUUCCACCAGAGGAAGAAGACGACAGAGUAUUGGUCGCCGGCUGGCGCAACCGUCCAAUAGGAGCACGCCGAGCCUGCGGUUUGGGCGGGGAGCUUGAGGUGUUUAGGAAGAGAUGGUUGGUCUCCGUGCGCGCGGACUUCUGCAGAGGUAACGACCGUAAAUGCAGCCCGUUCGGAAAUUCCGGCGCUUGCCCACGCCUUCAGCUCUGGGAUCUGCUGACACAGGCAAAGCCCCUAGCCCCUCUGGCGUUCGGAGACUUGAGUGUCCACCUAUGGUCUUGGGAGCCUUGCUGUCUCUCCCAGGGAGUGACCCCGAUUCCCACCUUCUGUGAUGGCUCACGAAGCACUGGGCCAUGAUCCUCCGGUGCAUUCAGAUGAUGAUAGGACAGAUCCUGUUGGUGAAUUGAUUGCCAGCCAAAGGAGUCUGCCCCUGCUCCAUCCUGCUCCCAUAGAAGUGGCUGGAAGCCAGGGCACGCCACUCCUGCUCCAGUCUGCUCCUCUUCCUCCUCCUCCUCCUCCAGUGGCCAGCAGCCAAGAGGGUCCUCUCCUUCUCCAGUCUCCCCCUCCUCAAGCGGCCAGCAGCCAAGGGGAACCCCCUGUGCUCCAGCCUGCUCCACGGGUGCCCGUUGACCUGAUGGGGGAAGUAGAACGGUCAGAAGACAGUGUGGAGAACAUCAAUCCAGGAAGUUCAGGGGAGCCUAGGCAGGGAUCUGGGGCUGACCACGCAGUCCAAGCACCUUCACUGGACCCGAUGAACAGCUUCAUCAGCGGGCUGCAGAGACUUCAUGGGAUGCUGGAGUUCCUGAGACCUCUUCCACCUUCAGAGUACAGUGUGGGGCCGCUGAGAGCAAGGAGGAGGGGGCGCACUUCACGUAGGAUGAGAGCUGGAACAUCCCAGAGGACAGACAGUGCCAGGUCGAGAGCACCAUUGGAUGCUUACUUCCAGGUGAGCAGGUCCCAACCUCACUUGGCAGCCAACUCUUAUGAUCCAGAGAGCAGGAAUCCAGUGUCUGAAGAUGUGCGGGGAUCAGGUAGCUCUGAUUCUGACAGUGACAGCUCUGCCGAGUAUGAAGCUGUCGAGCCAGAGGAACAGGGAGCUGUUGCCGCAGAAGAACGAGGCGAUGUCUCAGCAGAGCAGGAAGUUACACGAACGAGCCAAAAUGAGACCCUCACCAAAGAGCAGUCUCCCCGGAAGCCCAGCACCCCUCUGCCGACUGCCUCCAUGGGUGAAGAGGAGGAAGGGGACAUUUGCACCAUAUGUUUCGAACAGUGGACCAGUGCUGGGAACCACCGGCUCUCAGCGUUACGCUGUGGCCACCUCUUUGGAUACAUAUGCAUUUCUAAGUGGCUCAGAGGGCAAACACGAAAGUGUCCGCAGUGCAACAAGAAGGCCAAGCACAGUGACAUCGUUGUCCUUUAUGCCCGAACCCUGACAGCACUGGACACCAGUGAGCAGGAGCGCGUGAAAAGUGCCUUAGAAAAGGAGCAGAUGCUAAGAAAGCAGGCCGAGUUAGAAUCUGCACAGUGCCGGCUGCAGCUUCAGGUCCUCACUGAUGAAUGCAGUAGACUUCGCACUCGUGUCCAGGACUUGCAAAAGCUUAUACAAGAACGAGAUCAGGUUUCUGGGCAGUGCAGGGGUGCUGGAGCUCCUUUCCUAAACCGCCUGCCCUCCAUCCGGAGCCAGCAUAAGUACCACUUGCAGAAGGCCUUGCCAGUGUCGCAGACAGGGAACUGCCGCACCAUGGCGUACUGCGGCGCCCUGAGCUGCCUGGUGGUCUCACAGCCUUCUCCUCAGGCCACCUUCGUCCCAGGCUUUGGCGUGAAGAUGCUGAGCACCGCCAACAUGAAAAGCAGUCAGUAUAUCCCAAUGCACAGCAAGCAGAUCCGCGGGCUGGCUUUCAGCACUCAGUCCAAAAGCCUGCUGCUCUCCGCUUCCCUGGACAACACUAUUAAGCUGACCAGCCUGGAAACAAAUACUGUGGUCCAGACUUACAACACUGGACGACCUGUGUGGAGCUGUUGCUGGUGUCUCGAUGAAAACAGCUAUGUCUAUGCUGGACUGGCCAACGGGUCGAUUCUGGUGUAUGACCUGCGAAACACGAGCUGUCACGUGCAGGAACUCGCCCCUCAGAAGGCCAGAUGCCCCCUGGUGUCCCUGUCAUACAUCCCCAGAGCCGCCUCGGCUGCGUUUCCGUAUGGCGGGGUGCUGGCUGGCACCCUGGAGCACGCUUCCUUCUGGGAGCUGAAAAUGGGCUUUUCACACUGGCCUCAUGUGCUGCCCUUGGAGCCUGGGGGCUACGUGGACUUCCAGACCGAGAACAGCACCCGACACUGUCUGGUAACCUACAGGCCUGAUAAGAACCACAGCACCAUGCGGAGCGUGCUGAUGGAGCUGUCCCACAAGCGGGACGAGGCUGGGGAGCUGGUCUGCUCCUGCCAGCCUGUGCAGACGUUCCUCGGGGGGCCCACCUGCAAACUGCUGACCAAAAGUGCCAUUUUCCAAAGCCCGGAGAAUGAUGGCAGCGUCCUGGUCUGCACUGGCGAUGAAGCGUCAAAUUCUGCCCUGCUGUGGGACGCCAGCAGUGGCUCGCUGCUACAGGACCUGCAGAACGAUCACCCUGUCUUGGACAUCUGCCCAUUCGAUGUGAACCAUAACAGCUACCUGGCCACCUUAACAGAGAAGAUUGUCCACAUCUAUAAGUGGGAGUGACUUUUCCGGCGUGCGCUGGCUGACCUUAAGUGUUGUUUGCUAGCACCAAGCAGCCCCGAGCAAGAUCCCUGCUUGGUGCCUGCAGAGAAGGCCUUCUGUUCCCUUUGGAUCAGGUGGUCAUGAGAGGUGAAUCUGCUGUGUCUGUGAGGACGGUGACUGCUGCUGUUGCAUCUGUGUGGCUGCUUUCUCCGGUUACAAGCCUUUGUGACCCUUUGCUGGAGAUCCUUUUUCUGUUUGUAUUUUGCUGGACCCAAGGGAGUCCUCUCUGCAGUCACUUAGGAUCUGAGAGAGCGCCGAGGGUUUUCUGGGUGAUCUGACACCUGAGCGCCUUAUUGGGGUAAUUGCUGCAUUCUGAAGUGGCCAACCUUCCUGGCAUGAUGCGGCGCUGACACAGAAGAGCCUGUCUUCCACCGAACACAAGAGGGCGCUGGAGAACCUUGUGGAGGGUGCGAUCUGUCUGAGUUUGGGGGCUGACAACCUAGAAGCGGCCUCACGCGCACAGAAGCAAGCAUGCCUUAGUGUGCCGCUUGCAUUUCAGGGCAGCUGUAGUCGUGUUCCGGGCACACAGUGCUACGGUGUUGGCCAGUGACGGCUGGUGAACUAGAACCUUACCUAGUGCUAUACGCUCUACCAUUCAUCGCAUUGUGGGGGCUAAGGAAAGGGACCAGUUGUUUAAACGAUGGGGAGAGCUCACUUCUAGCUUGCCCAGGGUCUCAGGAUUGGCUUUAUCUAAGCUAGUACUUUAAAGAUGACUCUUUUCCCCCACUGCUAGGAAAAGAUAAGUAAUAUGUCAAAGCUACUUACAUCUGCCCUAAUAGAGAUCAGGAGCAGGGGAAUAAAUAAGAAAGCUAGAAAAAAAAAAAAAGCUGCGUGGGGUGUGGGCAGCCUGAACUAUAGUGAGAUGCUGUCUUAGAAAAAGAGAAAGUGUAAAGGACAGGGCUGCUGUGGAGAUGGGAACAGGCUUUGUCACUCCCAUUUUGGAAAGGCCCGUAACUAGAAGGAACCACCCAUCUCUGAGGAGCUGUUACUGAGCGUGUUUAUAGUUCUCAGGUAAAGGUUUCCCCUUCUGAAACUGGUGUGUGUUUCCAGUUUCCACUGGUUCGCCUCUCUGUCACGUCUUCCGAGUGUGACUGGUAACGCGGCUGUUCUCAGGGAGAUUCCAGUGGUUGCAGACUGGUGUGGGCGACAGGGAGGCACCACCGAGCUCUUGUUCUGGUCUUUGACUGUCCACCGUGGGGCGCUGUGCUUCUCUCCAGCAGAGGGCGCACACAGGCUGUUUGUUUUGCCUUUGCCUACUGUGCUGAGCUGCGGUGUGCAGCCUGAGACACCCCUGGUGCGGGCAGGCCAGUGUUCUUGGAAGUGUAGUGGCCAACAGUGUGGUUCUUACAUAAUUGUUAGUGAGGUGUGAGCCUUCUAUGAAACAGUUCUGACUUGUUAGCUCCUCAGCUGUUUCCAAAAUCAUUCUUACCAGCAAGGGAUUAAGGUAGAUUUCCCCAUAGCUCCAAGUUCAAGUUCUUUCCCUUUUUUUUUUUUUUUUUUU